UGUCACAGGGUGCCAUCCUCCUGAAGGUCUGACGUCCAUGGCAUCGCCUGCAUCUCAACCUCAGCAAAUCAAUGUCACCGACUUGGAUCUUCCACAACUGUCCGAUGUUAAGCGUCAGCUAGAAGAGGAAUUAAACCAUCUCACCAACUCAUUUGCUCAACUAAAGCAAGCACAGGCCAAGUUCAAAGCAUGCAUCGAGAACGCGAGUGAGAUAAAGCCGCAGAACAAAGGCACAACUAUACUCGUCCCCUUGACAAACUCUUUGUACGUCCCGGGUCGUUUGAAUGACACAGAAAACGUCAUUGUCGAUGUGGGCACCGGCUAUUAUGUGAAGAAGUCUCGAGCGCAAGCAUCUAAAUACUAUCAGACGAAGGUGGAUUACAUCCGCACAAACUUGGACUCAUUGCAGGAAACAAUACAGAAGAAACAAGAAAACAUGACCUUUUUGCUCAAUGUCAUGCAAGCAAAAAUACAAGCUCAGUCUCAACCAGCCAAGGAUUGACCAGUUUCUCUGGCGUAACACUUGGAUUACAAUGAAGUACGAGAAGUUUAAUAUAUAUUGUAUGUUGUAUCAUCAUCAUCAAGCAAACUAGAGAACUUCCCCACCAAACUUCUAUGGUGCUUGCAAUGUUGUUCGAGUCAUUAAUACCAGUAUGUCUAAGCUUUCAUUCGACUCGGACUUGGUCC